CUCCCCGGCAAUUUCUUGCGUACCUUGCCACUGUACGAUUCGAUCCCGCGCAACAAACGCGGCCUGUCCCCCCGUCCCUGGGGUAGAUCGAGGUUCCGCAAGUGGCUCUAGACCUGGAAAGACCACCCAGCAAACGGAUGUACGGUCCCUAGAACCGCUGACAGGGGGAUCCUGAGUUUGGUGGUUGGGAGUUAUUGCGCUCGUGAGGCCGGGGUAGCUCGUGAGUCGCCAGCUUUGAUAGCUGCAAAUGCUCCACACCAACACCUCGGAUCGGCACAAAACUUGGCGGCAACUUCGAUCAAGUUAUAUAAGACACCGGGUGAUGUCGGAGGAAUGCUGCAGCGCAUGCCGGCAACCGACUGCAACAGUUGACGUUCACUGCAUGAGAGAAAGAACCGGGGGUAAUGUCCGGGCAUCCGUGGAGGCAGCCGGCGUGGCAGUCAAGUUCCCCGCCUUGAAGUGCGGCGAUCCAGACACAGACAAGCUCGUCCUAUGUAAACGUGGGGGUUGUCUAUUGGAGUUGUUCGUCCUGAACCAGCAAAAGGAGAGCAAGGCGCCUAGCAAACGCCGAGCAAGGCGAGGGCCGAAGUGGACGUGCGCUCCUGAACCUGCCAAGCAGCUAAAACGCGGGUGCAUUGAUCGCUACUGCACUUCGCCUCCGGCGUUGGAGGCUUUGCUGGGUGUUGUUAGCAUUAGCGGGUGUGUGCUGGACAUGUGCGGGGGGCCGGGUGAUGCUGUAGUGACUCGCCUUCGAGACAUGUGGCAAGUACUCACGAACGAUGUACGACCGAGGUGAGGGGGUGCUUCGCGUUUUUUUUGUGUGCUUGGGGUAAGGUAUGCGAACUAGAUAGCCACCCGUCCUGCCAUCCAUAGCGCUGGGUGUUCUAGCGUAACAUACCCCUGAACUACCCAGCACGAAAUGACGUAACUCGUAGUCGCAUCAUGAACGCUGUUUGCCUCUUGGUGUGGUCCGUCGCAAGGAUGCUAGCUACAUACAGUCCUAGACGAAUAACAGUCAAUCUGUUUUCAAUCUUGCCGAGUUACAUACAGAAGUACGACGGACGUAGUUGUGCAAUCUGCUCUAAGCUUUACGUGUCUUCUUUCGUACGGUCCCGUCGUAGGUAGGCUCGCACCAGCGGACGCUCAUUGUUUGUCCAGCCCUUUUUUAUCGUCGAAGUUUGACUGUGUAAAACCAGAUGCAUUGUUGUUUGAACCCUCCAUAGCUUCAAUAGGCCGCAAACCGAGUGUACUCACGGCACAGAUGUUGCUUUCGGUACACGCACAUGGAGCAACUCAAGCUUGACUGU